AUGGAUGGCAUAAACGACCGUGUGAUUGAUGAUGCUCUUGAGGCAAUGACUCACGUGAUGGCUCAAGCCAAUAAAGCUUUGCAAGCUAAUCAGAAUCCGAAUGAAGGAGCUGGUGAGUUUCAUGGACUGGGAAAAUACCAAAAUAAUAAUUUGCCUACGUUCAAGGGAAGGUAUGAUCCUGAAGGUGCCCAUACAUGGGUUCAGGAAAUUGAGAAGAUUUUCAGAGUCAUGGCAUGCACCAAUGCUCAAAAAGUGUUAUUUGGUCCUCAUAUGUUGUCUAAGGAAGCUAAGUACUGGUGGGAGAAUACCCACCAAAGAAUGGAAUAUGUUGGCACUACUAUUAGUUGGAAUAAUUUUAAGAAUGAGUUUUUGGACAAGUAUUUUCCAGACGAUGUUCGUAACGGUAAGGAGAUUGAGUUCUUGGAGCUGAAGUAG